UCUGCAUUAAUCAUCGGUCGAUAUUUGUGUAAUUCGCGGUAUUCAACCACUGAAUCAGUGUAUUUUCAACUGUUAAUCCGUUCAGAUCGACGCGACCACGCGAGUGCUGCAGAUCGUUACCGCUUAAAAAUGAACAAAAUGUGACUCUUUUUUAAACGUUCAAACACGUGAGAGGCUAAUGUUCGUAAAUUGAAGAACGCGUCUGGCUAACAACCAAAAAGUGCAUAAUUAAGUGUUAAAUGUGCAUCCGGAAAAGGACAGGUGGUUGUGGCAAAUGGAAUCACCAUCGCGUCAAACGGAAGAUGCAGAAUGAUGAUCAGUUUGUACGUGAAACAUCCGCGGCAAGUGAUAACGAAUCAACGACGGAGACUGAAGAUAGUGAUCUCAUCUACGUUCCAACGAAUCCACAAGAAUGGACCAGCGAGCACAUCAGUUCCUGGGUACAGUGGAUUUCGAAAAAGUUCAAAAUUUACCCCAGUCUAGAACCGGCCCGGUUUCCCAGCGGAGGAGUUGAGUUGGCAAAGUUCACUAAAGCGGACUUCUGGGUUUGUGCCGGCAGUAAAGCCGGCGGCGAUACCCUUGCGAAUCAUUUCGCCCACCUUCUGCAGAAUGUAACCGGAAUCGAAGAUAUACUGUUGGGAAACGAUAUUGACCCAGAACCAUAUCAACUGUUGAAUGCUGCCUCACAUCGAUUAAUAGCACAAGGUGGGCAGAUCCAACUGUGGCAGUUUCUGCUCGAACUGCUCGCUGAUUCGUCGAACGAACGAUUCAUUCACUGGGAGGGAACCAAUGGCGAGUUCAAGCUAACCGAUCCGGACGAGGUGGCACGGCGAUGGGGUGAGCGGAAAGCGAAGCCAAACAUGAACUACGACAAACUGAGCCGGGCCUUGAGGUACUAUUACGACAAGAACAUCAUGACUAAAGUCCACGGCAAACGCUACGCAUACAAAUUCGACUUUCAUGGACUGAUGGCGGCAUGUCAAGCUCAGGCCCAGCUCACCGAACCGAGCACGAGUUGCAUGAUCUCACCCAGCUAUAGCAAAUACUCAUCCCCGGUGGAAUCGUAUAGCGGCAGCCCGUCAUCGAAUCCCGUCGAAGGCAGCCCUCGGAGCUUCGGACUAGCUGCGAGUCCAGAAUCGAUAUCGACCGCAUCUUCAUCAUCCCCUACCUCGCUUGCCCCUAGCAGUAGUGUCGCCGGUGGAAGUGGAGCCGGCACUAGUGCAAGAUCCGGAAUGAUGCCCUACUGGCCAUCGUAUUCAGCGUAUCCGACAGCAUCCACCUCCCAAACAAUGCAAGCUCCUGUCACUACUGUUGUUCCUGUUACCUCCUCCACAGCGACGGUUAGUUCUACCGCGCCUUCGACCUUCAGGACGUACGAUAAUUAACUUUGUUUAAGAUGCUUUCCUGGUUAAGGUUCCUAAUAUUGCAUAAGCAAAUAGGAAGGUCCUCAGAGAUGCUACGGUAAAAUAGUUUUUUUGAAGUUUUUGUUUUAAAUUGCAUUUAAUUACCUUCGUUCUAUUGUAAGAUAAGAAGUACUAUACGUAAUGCGAGCUGUACGAAUAUCAGAUGUACAAAUAAACAUGACAUAACU